AUGUAUACCUGCGCUAGCUGUGGUGUUCAACAUACUGAGGGUACUGCCUGCAAUGCCUGCAAACAGCACUUUGACUUUCCAUGCUCUGGUGUGACGGAGGCAGGAUAUAGGAAAUUGGGAGAUAGGAAGAACGCAUGGAAGUGUCCGAGAUGUAAAUCGGGUCAAUCAGGAUCAGUGUCUCCCCAGCCCAGCCAGUUGGACCGAAUGCAAGAACAGCUGAGUAAAAUUACUUUACAGCUUGCUCCCCUGGCUACUCUAGUGGAGGAUAUCAAGGCAAUAAAACACGAAGUCAGUGGACUCAAAGAUUCUGUGGAGUUGGCACAUGAGAGGAUCACCUCCUCUUCUGAUAAGGUUAGCACCCUGGAGCUCAAGGUGUCAGAAAUGCAUAACUUGGCAGAGGAUAUUCCAGUUCUACAUGCUGAGAUUGACAGGCUUAAUAGGGAGCUACAAGACAGGGACCAGUGGGCAAGGAUGAAAAAUGUUGAAAUUAGAGGUGUUCCACUCAGGAAUAGUGAAAACUUAUAUGAUGUGGUUGGAAAGAUAGCUUUAUUGAGCAAAUUCUCAAUGAGAAAGGAGGACAUCAACUAUAUAGCACGUGUGCCGACUCGUGCUCCGGGUUCAGAUAAACCUAUAGUGGUAGCGCUUAACAAUCGUUACCUUAAAGAAGAGUUCGUGGCAUUGGCGAGAAAGAGCAAUGAGCUCUGUUUACUGAAUCUGGGGUUCUCCACAGCGGGUAAAAUCUAUGUCAACGAUCACUUGACGCUAUUUAAUAAGGAGUUACUAAGGAAGGCUCGAUCGUUGGCUAAAGAAAAAAACUUCCAAUUUGUUUGGGUGAAGCAUUGCAAAAUUAUGGCAAGAAGAUCGGAAACGUCACAUAUAAUUCACAUAAAAAACGAAAAAGACUUGUCA